AAGCUAGUUGGAUUGGAUCAUCCAUCCAUCCAUCCAUGUAUUUUUAAUUUUGUAUCUCUUUCUUUUUAUUUACAUCAAAUUAUUAAUUUAACAAACACCACCACCACAACUACAAACCAACAUAUGGCAUCCUCCUCCUAGCUCAUUAUUAACCAUCACCAUAUCCACCACCACCUUCUUCUUUUGAUAUAUUCAUCUCUUUUCAUUUUCCAUAUAUAGAGAGAUAUUGGUGGCAACAUAUAUAAUAGUGGCCGGUAAUUAAUAUGUUUGGGGGUGUUGCUAAUGGUCAUUCUGGAUAUACUACCUUCCAUGAGGAACAACGUCAGUCACAGUAUGAUCUGGUCAGGGCAUUGCCUCAGCUUCAGCUUUUUCAACAAUUUCCCAUUGAUUAUACACUCGAAAACAUAAACUUUGUGGGAAACGAGCAUGCUACGGUUUCAAGUCGACCUAUGAAGAGGUCACGCGAACUAGGACCAAUGUGCACACAGCAAAACCUUCACAUAUCUUCAUGUCAAGAUAUUCAAAACCCUGUAUCAACUGGACUAAAACUAUCUUAUGAAGACGAUUCACACAAUUCUUCUGUUACCUUCAUGAGUGAAAACUUAAAAGCUGUCCACCCUGUCACUCAUUCCCUUGCCAACAGUGUCAAAAUGGAAAUGGAUCGCCAAAAAGAGUUCAUUGAUCAUUAUGUUAAAAUUCAGGAACAAAAUAUCGCCAAGGGUAUAAGAGAACUGAAUCAGAAACAUACCGCAUUGUUACUAAAUACAUUGGAGAAACAAGUAACAAGAAAGUUGAGUGAGAAAGACAUCGAAAUAGUCAACAUGAACCGCAGAAAUAUGGAAUUGGGGUUAAAAAUAAAGCAACUCGCCAUGGAAGCGCAAACUUGGCAUUACAGAGCCAAAUACAAUGAGUCAGUUGUGAAUGCCCUCAAGAAUAAUCUUCAACAAGUCAUUGCACAGCAGCCUUUGCAAGGGAAGGAAGAAGGAUUUGGUGAUAGUGAGGUAGACGAUGCUGCUUCUUAUACAAAUAUAAAUGCUUUGGGGAACCCAAAUCAAACAUUCUCUAUGAAGCCGUUAAACUGCAAAGCGUGCAAUGGUAAAGCAGUUUGUGUUUUGUUACUUCCAUGUCGGCACUUGUGCCUGUGUAAAGAUUGUGAAGCAUUGACCGAUAUUUGCCCUGUUUGCCAGGCAACGAGAAAUGAAACUGUACAUGUUUUCAUGUCCUAAAAUCAGUGGUAAAAUGAUGUCUUUCAUC